UUCUAUAGAGAGAAAAGUACUUGGGACUUCGAAAUAGGCUUACGCGAAAAUAUGACACACUCGAGGAGUAAACUAGUUAAUAUGGGAAUAGAAAUUCUUAAUCGUGAAUUAUUUGUACAAAUUAUGGAAAUUAUUUGAUACAAAAGUCAUUUUUGGAACAAUUGUUUUUCACGAGAAUGUCGAAGCCUGGUAGAUCAACGUCGAGAUUACUGUCUUAUUAUUUAAACGUGACAUAUAUUUAAAUAUGUACACUCUAUACUGAUCUAAUGGUAGUAAACAUUUUUUCUAUUCUCGAAGAAAUAAUUCGUCAAAAAUAUAUAAUGAGUAUAUCAAAUAUUAUUUUACAUUUUAUUAAAAUUGGAAAUAUUGAAAAUGCCGUUCGACAGAAUAAAGCCUGUAUUAUUGCCUGGAGGAUUUGAUUUAAAGAAAGAAACGGAGAACAAGUUAGUUACAGAGUGCUUUAAAAGAAACGGAAAGUCGGAGAUUUUUAAAGUAGGUCGUAGUUCUUUUUUCAGGUGAAGAACCUUGUACCCUGUCACCUUCGAUUACGAUUGCUCGUAAUCGGAUAAUUAGCAACGGAUUAGACCAUGUCGUUUCACCUACUUUUUCUCGCACGGAACAGGGACCUUGGUUGUCGAUUAAGAUACUUGUUUGUUCACGAAUUUUAAAUAGACGCGCUGUUCCAUUUCUUCGUGCCAAAUAGAAUUCCUUCUAAAGUUCUGAGAGAAAUCUAGAUCAAUUCCGAUAUUACGGAUAUACGGUUAAUAGGUAUUACGGAUAUUUACGAUAUAUCUGUACUGCUGAAAAGGAGAUAUGAAAAAAUAGGACGUAAAAAGAAUAUUAAAAAUAACAAAUUUUGCGUUUCUUUUCUCCAGGACCUCGUCUCUCGUAAUUCUAAGAUCGAAUCCACGUUUAACGCAAAGAAUUCUAUUCCCUGUCCAAAACAUGAGAAUAAAAAUUCGCACUCUUCGGAAUACUGAAAUUCCACUCCUCAAAAACAUUGUAUUCCUUGCAAAUCCCAUUUUCAUCUCAAUCGAAUCCUUGAGGCAAAAAAAUUGUUGUUCGUCGCGCCAAAGCUAAAGCAAAAAUUCGUACCCUAAAGAGCAGCUUAAUACAAUAUUAUUCAUCGAAACCAGAUUACAAUCGGGUACACCAAGCGGUCACGCGAUAAGAACAACCUGUACCUCGAGAACAAGAAAGUAUGACUCAAGAACGCGUAAUCGUCAACGAGGACGUCGACACGGAUUUCCGGAACUGGGUUACCUUUUCGUCCGGCUAAAGAAUCAUUCGCUGUCGUUUUCGAUCAUCUACGAAAAGAGACACCUCGCCUUGUCUCUAUUUCUCUCUCUCUCUCUCUCUCUCUAUCUAUCUAUCUAUCUAUCUAUCUAUCUCUCUCUCGUCGAGAAACAAGAGACCCCGGACUGUCAAUUAAACCAUACGUGCGCCGCUUAAAUGGCUGCAGACCUGAACGCGACUGAACGUGUAAUACGUUUAGAAGGGGGAGGGCCCGAAGUAUGGCUUCCGUGGUGGUCACUGUCGUGUGCAGUGCGCGUCAGCUGCUCCCCAAAGCGCACCGGUCACGAAACUCCCAUAGCCACCGAAAAUAAGCGGCUCAGUCAGCCUUUUCGACUUCGCUUAAAAACUUUCUACGGAUAUGCGUUUGCCUUUCGUAGCGAAUACGUGAAUUAGCAGUGGUGGAGAUAGUUUGGUGGAGAUAGAGAUGAGUCGAGAGUAAGUUGCUUGGGGAGAUUCGAUAGGUUGAUUUUUGACAAGUGAAAGAGGAGGGCCCCACCAAACGCAAGAACGAUCGAUGAUUUGUUUAUUAUGAUCGUAUACUGGAAAAAAGAACCACUGAGAGUACUGUGAGUAAAUUCAACACAACAAACGGGUAUUCCAACUAAAGUCCAGUGAAUCUUUCUGGUUGUAAGUAGUAAGUAAAAAAUGUUACGAGAAAUUUGCAAUCGUAACAAAGAUUUUGUUAAAUUUAGAGCGAUGGCGUAACCUUACAAGUAACGAUAAACCGACAGUAGAUAGAUCGCUAUCGGACCUAUCACGAGAAAAAGCAUUAUUUUCACUCGGAAAUCUCCUUUUUAAAAUCUCAAGUUUGAACUCCAAGGGACAAGGAAGAAACGAAAAGCGCUGUAAUUACAAAGGACAUAAUUACAGAAGUAAACAUACAUUUUCAAGGACAAGGAAGAAACGAAAAGCGCUGUAAUUACAAAGGACAUAAUUACAGAAGUAAACAUACAUUUUCAAGAUCAAAGAUAGGAAAUCCAUAUAGAUGUUUCAUGGAUCUGAUAAAUGUCAUCCUUAUGGCAGAAACCGAUAAACCUUCCAAUGUGUAUAUGAAUUUCGAGAAAACCAAAAAGAAGCGAGGCAGACUAUAAUUAAAUUAAAUUCCGAAGAUCAAAGGGAAAAAAAGAACAUCCAUAAUUUAUUCCGAUAAGAACUUUAAUCGACAUUAAAUUCUUCAAACUUUAGGGACCAACAAAUCUCCAAGUUUCAACUUCAAGCUAUAAGAAUUGAAAAACCAGGAAGAAACAACCAAGAAAUAUUCUAUCGACAAUGUUUUAUCACUACAGCAAAAAGCGAUUCACCUCCUGGAUUCGUUGAAAUAGAAAAAGAAACGUAGAGUGGUUCGCGAAAUAGGAAACAAUAUCAAUCUAUAUCGGACGAGAAGGUGUACGAAGCCGAGUUAUUCCGAAAUGCUGAUGACGAUAAUCGUAAAGAAACGUGUUCCACAGCGAUUGUUAUCCUCGGAGUGGCGCUUAUCACGCGAUUUGAUGGAUCCGAUCAUGGAAAGGCCUCAUCGCGAUAAGUAACACGUGCUGCGUGUCCCGUCGCCAUUUUCAUCGGGGAUCCCCCUGUUGGAUACUUUUCGAAGACUCCUCGGGGAAUCCAAGCGAAAUUAUGAGUGAAACAUCUCGAUAAUCGUAAAAAAAAAGAAAAAAAGAAAGAAAAAAGGCAAAAGAAAAGGAAAGACUACAAAGCGAUCGAACGAUUCUAGUCAUCGAUGGUAUUUCUUGUUUGUAGAAGCGACUGAAAGGUUCUCGACUUCUCUUUCGACUCCGAAAUCCGACUUCCUGUGAGCAAAUUUUCGACCUUUUAAAAAAAUUCUUUCGAAGAGAAAAGCGUAAUUACGUGACUCAGUUUAUCGUCGCUAGAAUCGGAAGAAAAGAAUUCGACUGACCCUUUGAGCGACGAGUAGACUACGAUAACGGAAUACUGUUCCCUUUACAAAAUUUUCCGAAUAUUCCCUUUCACAGGGAUAUCGAUUCUACUAACGACUUUACGAAUGUUCUGAAAAGUUCGCUCGAAGAAAGAAGCGUAAUUCGAUAAUUUAAUUUAUCAUGGUAGAAUCGAGCGAAGAGAACGGAACAUCCCCUCUGAAUGAACUAUCGAUUAAACAGGUUACGAUGACGGAAACCUGUUCCCUUUGGAAUCUUUAUUUCACGAUAUUGUUUUAAAAAAAGGAAGAGCGAUCGAAUGGCUUCACCUAGUUUGGUAUUUUUAAGAAGAAAGAUGUUGUCCAACGUUCUGAUAAUUUUUUUGAGUAUUGCGCAGACGAUUUUAGGGAUGGAGGAUCAAAAUAUAUGUCCGAAGAAUAAAAGUUUGUUCGAGAUUCCUGGCGAUGCCGUAUUGUCUGUGUUCUUGAAUAUUAAUCACGGACCAUACUGUAACGCUACGAGUAGCACCGGUCUCCAGGAAGUCUUCACCGCUUCGUACGUAGUGCAUCUUUUGAAUAAAUACGAGUCUAUUCCUGGGCUUUCCUUAGGUCUAAAAAUCUUCGACACCUGCAACGAUGAAACAACAGUGUACAAACAAGCGCUGCAAACAACCGUGGAUAUAGAGUGCACGAACCAUUACGAAAUGGGAAUACUAUUACCAUCGGAAUACGCGACGACGUUAGAACCACUUCGUAAUUACAGCGUGUUGCCUAUCAGCACGUACAACGAGCAGAAUUUGACAAGGCCUUUGAUCAAUCUAAUGGUCCAUUACCUUAGCACUAGAUUCGAAACGAUCGACGCGCUUCUCGCUAAUCACGAUUUCGCGUUAAAUUUAUUUCUCGAUACAACGAAGGAGGCUGGAAUUUGCGUGGAAAGUUAUGGAGACACUUUGGAAUUGGACGAAAGUGAAAGAGAAGCUGUGAUCGCUGUGAUCGGACAGAGAAACGAUAUUCGACAAUGGAUCGAAAGAGGAGAAAAGAUGCAAGAAUCCAGAAAAACGUGGAUCGCGUUGCCGCUUGAUGGAUCAGACGUCGACGACCUAAUCCCUUCAGGUUCGUACGUCUUACGAACUUCACCCUUUAACCUGGACUUACUGCAGGAAAUCUCCUCGCCGGAUUUAUUUGUCGAAGCAGCGAGCAAUCCUGUAAUUCAUUCGCCACAUUUGCUUGGUAUCGGUAAAGCUAUUGCCGAACUGGCUCAAUUACUGCAAGAUCUUCAGAAACGAAAUUGUCCUCGAGGGAUAGAGUCGUGCGCGAUGCCACGUUUCAAUCCGAAUUCGAAACAGGAAAUGCGAAACGUGGAUGUGUACAACGCUCUCCGCAUAGUGCCGAAAUCGCACUCAAUCAAGUAUAUCGUGGCAAUGAAGAGCCAGCAAGAGAUGGUCGAUAUGGCUGCUUAUAGGAUAGAGCCAGCGAAUUCGAAAUUCAGAAUCGCACCAGAGUCGAGGGUGCCGAAGAUGCCGAAGCUUUGUUUGAAGAAGUACGCGAAGAAUUGCGCGAGUUGUGCAAAUUUCAAGAUGAAAUUUGGUCCUCGUGGUGUGACCAAAGAUACACUCGACAGGGGUUUAUUAAAGACAGGCAACUGGAUACCAAUUUUCCUGACGGUGGUUGUGUGUGGUACGUUCGCCUGCGGCGUGAUUGCCGUCUUCAUUAUCUACCGCUUCAUCGUCGAGGACGUUCUCGAUGGCAAUCCAGCAUUAACGAUCGUUCUAAUACUGGCUAACGUGUUCACGCUGCAAACGGUGCUUCUGUUCUGCAUCAACGACGAUUAUUUAGGCGCUGAGCACCUUAACUCUAGGAAAAUCCUAGUAACCAGCCUCGCAUUUGGAUUGGAUUUCUCCGUUAUGCUUACCAGAGCAUUUUUCUUACUUUUUUCCAAGGGUGGCGUAUUUACCGCUCAUAUUAAUGGAUAUCUUCAAGGACUGAUGGUGUUCUUUAUGUUCUGCGUGCAACUCGCGAUAUCCAUUAUGUUCUUCGCUUUUAGCACCGAUGAUCCGGCCGUCGUUAUGAGAAGUUUGUUCUUCGUCGCUCUUUUAGGCUACGAUAUAUUUUUGCUGAUCAUCCUGUUCAUGGUGUGCUUCUUCAUCUUCCAACUGCCGCGUAAUUAUCGCGAAGGAAAGUGUUUCUUCGGCACUUCUAUCGGGCUUUUGAUCGCCUGGGCCAUCUGGCUCACCUGUUUCAUCCUCGUCGAACCAGAAUGUCGUGACACUGUCGUGUCAUUUGGAAUUAUUUCGACGGCGUACCUGAUCAUUAUCGGUAUUCUGAUACCGAGGACCUAUUACAUGGUCACGCAUUUGGCCAGAGGGAAGAAAUUCGGACAGAGAUUUGGAUCGACCGAUCUAGCACCCGAUCCCAGGAUCAAUACGAUCGUCAAGCAGAGUCGACCAUUUUACGAUUACGUGCACUCUGGCGGAGGAAGUAUGACGAAUUUGCAGGUGACAUCCGCGUAUCCAAACUAUUAUGGAAGUUCAAGUCCAAAUCAGAAGUAUCUAGGCCAGAGCAGAAGUCCCGAUACUCAAAGAAUUCCCGGAUACAACAAUUAUGGCUACCAUUCGGAGAUGCGAGAAGUGAAUAAUUCUUACACAGUACCCCAAGUCUGCAUCGAGGAUGCGGACGAUGAGCCCCGUGGAUCGGUGCAACGCGAAUACGACAUACGCGCGGCCAAAAUGUCAGCGGAAGCGGAAGCCCAAGGACGACAAAGACUGCAUCGAGACCGACGUGUACGUCGAGGGUAGCGUUUCCACCAGCCGUAAAUCCCACGAUGAGAUCUAUCCUGCGCGACCCAGCAGUCCUAGGUUAACUCAAACCGAAGCAACCAUUUGUGAAGAAAAUGAACACGACGAAAUAACCAGAAUCACACGAUUUUAAUACAAUAAUCGCAUUAUAAAUAAUUUAAUCCUCAACCGACCUUUAAUUUCGUUUAGUGUCGUUCGUUUUACGAUAAAAAGCGAUAAAGAUAGUCCUUUCGACUAUCUUAGAAUUCCAAUUAAGGGUUAAAUAUCGUACAGACGAUCGUAUUUCCAGUGAAUUAAAUUGUUUCCAUUCGAUUGGUCGAUUUUUGUGGCUGCAGACUUCUUGAACGAGAAGAUAAAUUUUUUGAUCAACGAGUGCAUUUUAUCGUCGUACGGAAAUAUAAAAAUAAUAAAAUAAGUUUGGGUUGAUCUACUACAAUAUAUGUAUAGAGAUGCGCAUCAUCGUGUGUCUGUAGCUUAGAAUUUAUAAUAAAUUCUGUGGUUAAUUACUUUAUUAUAAUCUAGUCCCGAGUUAUGUACCUUAAUUAUUACUUAUUAUUGCCACUAUUUGUAGUAAAUCAGCAAAGAAUACUUUGUAUAGUUUUUAAUCGCUAUAUGUAUUAACUUUACGUUGUACGUCUGAAUUGCUCGUCAAUCGUCAAGAAACGAGAAGAAGAAUAAGAAAGUUGUAACGACGACGCUCUGCGACUAUAGCACGAAUACAUAACAGUGUUUCGUUUAUGACAACAA